GGCAAAGCGAAAACGAGUAGUAAUGACGUAGCUAGAUGCGGAACUAGGCCUACGUCAACAAAUGGUUGCUUUAUUCACAAUAAUAAUACGAAUUUGUAUACUUUUAUUCCGCUCAAAAUGUCUAAACUACAGUUUCUGAACGCGUAUGUUACUGAACGACUAACGGCUGCUGCUCUAGAGAUAUCCGUAGCCAUAGAGACAACAGUAGUAGAGUUGCAUCAAGAAAUCUCCCGUUCGACGGAGGAGAAUGAUCGUCUACGAAGACUGUUGGAUUUGGUUUUCAACCGACAGAUAAAGUCACACAGAGAUACCCACCAGCUCACACUCCCCAUAUCUGAAGAGGAGGUUCCCCCUGAGCAGCAGCACUGUGAGCAGGAGUGGGGCCCCAGUCUGAUUCAGGAGGACCCAGUGCCCACACAGAUUAAAGAGGAACAGGAGGAGCUCAGGACCAAUCAGGAGGAAGAUCAGCUUCAAGGACUGGGGGAGGCUGAUCUCAUAAAGUUCAUAUUCACUUCUCCCUGUGUGGAAAGUGACUAUGAUCAGGAGAACCCAUCUCAGCCCUCACAUCUACACCAAACCCAAACUGUGGAGGACAGAGAGAGGGACUCUCUACUCACCUACACAACUGAUGAGAUCAAACUAGAACCUGAUGGAGAGAAUUACAGAGUAUCAGAACCAGCCGGUGACUCUCAGCCCCUCUCUGCAGUAAAUCCAGACUGUUCUGCAGCUCCAUGUGAAAACAUGAAAAGUGAUGAUGAGGUGGAGAGUGGAGGACAACAAUCAGGGUCUAAGACACUCGAAUCAAAAAGAAAACAGACAAAGAAAGGAGAAAAGGGGACAGCCACAAUGUUGCCCCGUUUGACAUCUUCUAGUGUUACUACUCAUUAUUGCAAGGUGUGUAGGAAGACUUUUCUGUCAAACGGUUUUUUAAUCUAUCAUGUGCGAAAAACACACACAGAGCAUAAGGAAUGCCAGUGUGGUGUGUGUGGAAAAUACUUAUGUUCGACAGAAAGUAUGACAGAUCACCUACAAACUCAUACUGAAGAAAACAUUUCUUGUCAUGUUUGUGGCAAAUGUUUCUCUAAGAAUGGUGAUCUCAAAACACAUAUUAGGAGUCAUACAGGAGAGAAACCAUAUCAGUGUACUCAAUGUAGUAAAUGCUACACACAGAAAGUACACCUUAAAAAUCAUAUGAGAACUCAUACAGGGGAGAAACCAUUUAGGUGUAAAGAAUGUGGGAAAUACUUCACACAGAAGAAUACCCUGUCCAAUCACAUGAUGAUCCACAGAGGGGAGAAACCAUAUCAGUGCAAAAUAUGUGGAAAAAGCUUCACUGAAAGUGGAACCCUGAGCAGGCAUAUGAGAGUUCACACAGGGGAGAAACCACAUCAGUGCCAAGAAUGUGGGAAAUGCUUCACUGAACGUGGAAACUUGACUAAACAUAUAAAGAUCCACAGAGGGGAGAAAUCCUAUUGUUGCAGCUACUGUAGCAGAUGCUUUACUGAUGAAGCAAAUUGUAAAAGACACAUGAGGACCGUUCACAACAAUGAGAACAUAUGACAAUGGAGUUAAUCCUGAGUAGAGUAAAACCUUCAGAUAGAAAAUCUAAUGUAUUAGAACUCACACAAUUCCGUGCCCUGCUCUACGUGACGGAUAAACGUAUAUUUUCCAUACAUUUCUUCAGUAUGUCGGAGUUUUUCACAUCAUAUUUUCAUUACAUCUUCUACAACCCUACUAUGGAUAUGUGGGCAUUUCUGUUAAAAUGUUUUGUUUAUUUUCUUGCAAACUUUAUUGUAUUUCCAUGUGAAUUACCUGUAUAAAUAAAGGUUAAAUGAAAAAAAAACAAUCAGAGUUAUUGCUCAUGUAAGAACAUGGCUGAGCUCUUUAAAUCACCACUUCCAUAAGUCAGGAUUCCCAUUUGAUUCAGCCAUGCCUCCUUGCCCUUCCAAC